ACAAAACCAUAGUUGUUUCACGAUUAAAGGAAUUGGGCGAAGUGAUUGCGGGGACUGGUGAUGGUACUAAUGAUGGACCAGCGUUGAAAUUGGCAGAUGUUGGAUUUAGUAUGGGAAUAGCAGGAACAGAAGUAGCUAAAGAAGCAUCAGCAAUUAUUUUGAUGGAUGACAACUUCAAUUCAAUUGUCAAAGCAUUGAAAUGGGGUAGAGCCGUUAAUGAUAGUGUCAGAAAAUUCUUACAAUUUCAACUUACGGGCGACAUUGCGGCCGUUGUAUUAUCAUUUACCAGUGCAGUUACUAGUGAUGAUAAUGAAUCGAUUUUGACAGCAGUACAAUUGCUCUGGGUCAAUCUUAUUAUGGACACGUUGGCAGCACUUGCAUUAGCAACAGAACCACCAACCGAUGAACUUCUUAAUCGACGACCAACAUCCAAGACUGCGUCAUUGAUCAGUUAUAGAAUGUGGAAGAUGAUUAUUGGACAAGCAAUUUUCCAAAUUAUAAUCAAUUUGUUUGUUAUUAGCAUGGGAGCUGCAAUUUUCCAUCUUGAUGAAGACGAUAAACAUGACAAGGUUGUCUUGCGUUCCAUAGUAUUUAAUACUUUUGUAUUUUUACAAGUCUUCAAUGAGAUAAAUUGUCGAAGUAUUGACGAUAAUUUGAAU